GUUUUACCGUUUCCGGCGGGCAGUCCGCCAAACGCCUGAGAGGAAUAGAGAGCCGUUGUGCCGCCUCAGAAUAACGGAACAGCGCAGAAACCGAGUCCGGCGUUUGAAAGGCUCGGUCAGAGGUCAGCUCCAGCGGUCAGCAUGGCGUCAGGCAGCGCGAGCAGCGAGGAGGAGAAGAGUCUGAGGGAAUGUGAGUUCUACGUGCAGAAGCACAACAUCCAGCAGCUGCUGAAGGACUGCAUCGUGCAGCUCUGCACCUCACGGCCCGACAGACCCAUGGCCUUCCUCAGAGAAUACUUCGAACGCCUGGAGAAGGAGGAAGCCAAGCAGCUCCUGAACCAGCAGAAAGCCAGCUCUCGCUCAGACUCUCGUGAAGAUGAGGUUUCUCCUCCCAUGAACCCCGUGGUGAAGGGCCGCAGGCGGAGAGGAGCCAUCAGCGCCGAGGUCUACACCGAGGAGGACGCCGCCUCCUACGUCAGAAAGGUCAUUCCUAAAGACUACAAAACCAUGGCUGCUCUCGCCAAAGCCAUCGAAAAGAACGUGCUCUUCUCACAUCUGGACGACAACGAAAGAAGUGACAUAUUUGACGCCAUGUUUCCAGUCACCUACAUCGCAGGGGAAAUUGUCAUCCAGCAAGGUGACGAGGGUGAUAACUUCUAUGUCAUCGACCAGGGUGAAAUGGAUGUGUAUGUGAACAGCGAGUGGGUGACCAGCAUCGGCGAGGGCGGCAGCUUUGGGGAGCUGGCUCUGAUCUACGGGACCCCGAGAGCCGCCACCGUCAGAGCCAAGACCAACGUCAAGCUGUGGGGCAUCGACAGAGACAGCUACAGGAGAAUACUGAUGGGAAGCACUUUGAGGAAGAGGAAGAUGUACGAGGAGUUCUUGAGCAAAGUAUCAAUUUUAGAGUCUCUGGAUAAGUGGGAGCGUCUGACCGUGGCUGACGCUCUGGAGCCGGUGCAGUUUGAGGACGGACAGAAGAUCGUGGUUCAGGGAGAACCUGGAGACGAGUUCUUCAUCAUCCUGGAGGGAUGUGCCGCCGUUCUGCAGCGCAGGUCAGAGAAUGAGGAGUUCGUAGAGGUGGGCCGGUUAGGACCGUCAGACUACUUCGGCGAGAUCGCUCUGCUGAUGAACCGACCCCGUGCAGCCACCGUCGUGGCCCGUGGGCCGCUCAAAUGCGUCAAGCUGGACCGGCCGCGUUUCGAGCGUGUGCUGGGACCGUGUUCGGACAUCCUCAAACGCAACAUCCAACAGUACAACAGCUUCGUGUCGCUCUCCGUCUGAGACGCCCUCUCCCGCAGGCUCCGGCGCACCAUUAAGCGUUUCAUUCACACCUCGCGUCCCCGCGCGUUCACAGGCUCAUUACCGCUUCAUCGAGUGCUUCCCGCGAGAGCUUUAACGGCCGCUUCCAUCCUCGGACAUUUAGAGCCAAACGAAAGGACAGACAAUCGAACGUACGUUCCUCCGAUCCAAUCACAGCCUUUACUCUGCAGUGUUUGUACCUUUAAUUCCAAGCGGUAAAUGAAAACUAUAGAGGAGUAUGAAUAUAUUUAUAGUAGAUUUUAAAUUCCUUUACCCUCACAGUCCAGGUUGGUUUUUUAAAGCUAGUUUUAUAAGACGAACUGCCUACUGUAUAACGAGUGCUGAUGUUUGGCUGUGCUGAUUCUAUUCUUUAAGCCUUACUGCCUCAUUUCCCGCCCGCUGACCUUCUCUGUCACUAGAGCGACACGAGCGGUCAGCCACAUCAGAACAAAUGCUGUUUUAUUUCUUCUCAUCAUUCCAGCACACACUCUUGCUAUUUGUGUUCGGUUGCUUGUACGUAGUAACCCGUGUGGCCGUUCCUGUGCGGCAGGGUUGCCAGGUUUUCACAACAAAGCUACUCAAAACUAGCCCAAAAGUAGCCCAAAUGCAUUCUGGGGGGUCAAAUGCGUUUUUUGGGGUCACUUCAACCCACGGAAAUUAAAAACAACCUGCGGCAACCAUGUUAAAGUAACCCGAUUCUGCUGCAGAAUCACAGACUUGGCAACCCUGCUGUGCAGCGUCUAUACGUUUAGGGUUUAUUGUAAGAGGAACUGGCUGAUCGAUUUCUAAAACUCAUUUUUAAACCAAUAACUGUAAGAAAACUCAAAACGACGGUAGUUUGCGUUCUGUUACGACGCCAGUGCCAAACGUUGCACAGAGCUUCACUUCUUGACUUGAAUUUAGCUUGUAGAGGUGAGCGUCACAUAUUUCUUUUGAUUUGUGUUCCCGCACGUGCGCCGUCACACGGUGAGCUUUCACAUUUCAGUAUUUUACCUUCUGUCAGUAUAUGCUGAGAAAUACCAGUUUAUUUUUAAAGAAGCUUAUUUUUCCACAAAGGUGCACAGUGGCGUAUUUAGUCGCAUGUCAUCGUUUCAAGUGUUUCUGUGGCUGUUUUUAAAGGGAUAGUUCACCUGAAAUAAAACUUUGCUCAACACUUACUACCCGCAGACCAUCUGAGAUUAGGAUGAGUUUGUUUCUUCAUCAGAUUUGGAGAAAUGUGUCAUUCCAUCACUUGCUCUACAAUGGAUGUGAAUGGGUGCCGUCAGAAUGAGAGUCCAAACAGCUGAUAAAAACAUCACAAUAAUCCACACCACUCAGUUCACAUCUUGAGAAGACAAAAGAUAAAACAAAUCCAUCAUUAAGAUGCUUUUAUGGAUACAAAUCCAUAAUAAUGCUUCCUCCAGUAAAAUCCAGCCACAUGUUUGUUUAGAGCUGUUUUGGAUUGUUUUUGAUUUCUCUCCUGAUUCAGACCAGACCACUUUUUCACUGGAGGAAGCGUUAUUAUGGAUUAUGGACUCAUAUUUUAGCUCAAAACCUCUUAAAGAUGUCUUUUGCCAUCUCUAACGUUGUUAACUGAUGGAGUGGAGUGGUGUGGAUUACUUAUUGUGAUGUUUUUAAUCAGCUUUUUGGACUCUCAUUCUGACGGCACCCAUUCACAUCCAUUGGUGAGCAAGUGAUGGAAUGACACAUUUCUACAAAUCUGAUGAAGAAACAAACUCAUCCUAAUCUUGGAUGUCAUAAGUGUGAGCACAUUUUCAGCAAAUUUUAAUUUUUUGGUGAGCUGUUUUUUUUUUUUUUUAAA